AUGACGCUUCAGGAAGUGUUCACAGCCCCGAACCUGGAGCUCCAAGGGAUUCACCAAGUCCGGUGGCUCUCCAGGGGUGACGCCAUUCUGCGCGCGGUAGAGGUCUUCCCCGCGCUCAUCGUUAUGCUGUAUGAGUGGGACAGUACACUGUACGAGCUCGCCACCAGCUACAGAUUUCACUUCCUGUUGUACUUCCUUGCAGACGUGCUCGAGCAGCUCAACGUGUUGAACAGGGCAUUCCAGCAGCGAGAGCUUGACAUUGCAGGUGUCCAUGCGCAGAUCAAGAGAUCCUUGUCGUUCCUCGAGUCCCGCUAUGUCGACUGUGGUGACGACUUCGGAGGCGGGAUGAGCGCGCGCCUCUCCCUGUUCAUCAAGAAGCACGGGCCUGAGGGGGGCCGCCCCGAGGUGAAGGUGCAGGGAGUGGACUUGGACGGUCGGCCGACUACACACACCUUCCAGCUGCACGAGAACUCAAGCAAAGAUUACCCAACCCUCGGCACUCACGACGCCUACGUCGAUCUCUGCACCACGUUCGCCAAGACGCUUAUCUGGUGCAGCUACAAGAAGCGCCGCCCAUUUGGCAAUGUGGCAGCAGCUCCAGCAAGAGAGGGGGAGGGCAGUGGCAAUGGCAAGGGAACGGAGGCAGAUGAGGAGGCAGAGGAGGAGUUGGAAGAACCAGAGGCUAACUGUAGUGAUGAUGAUGAUUAA